AUGCUUGGUAACUGGUACUGGGACUCAGAUCUGCAAUGCUGCACUGAUGUGAUCCAAUGCAAUCCGCACUGUGCAAGUGAUGAAGUGUGUUUGGUGGGAAGUGGAUCUCCGGCCUGUGCGUGUAAUAGCAGCACUUACACUGGGAUAACAAUUGCAGAUGUGGAACCUACGGUGACCUGUGCUGGUGACACCACGAUAGCAUCGGUCAGUAUCUGCCAACUGGAGGAACUGGGGUAUAACUACACCACGGCCCACCUGAUUAAUAGCUCCAGUGCCUGCAACAUCUCAUAUACCAACCUUAUCAACAAUGUGACAGUGUGGACUAUUCAAGCCAGAGCCGCCGUCGGGUGGUGCGGGAACAUCGUCACGCGGCUACAUUUUACACUGACACCACGGGAACAGGUUUGUGCAACUGGACAAAUACAUUUCUUAAAAAUGUCUGCCACCGAGGAGGAGGAGGAGGAGGAGGAGGAGGAGGAGGAGGAGGAGGAGGAGGAGGAGGAGGAGGAGGAGGAGGAGGAGGAGGAGAACUACUGA